CUUGGAGUUUCUAGUCCCCAAAACUGGGUAUUUAGGGGUAGAGAAUUAGACAAUGUCCGUUAUUAUUAUAGAAAGGCGAACUUGCGAUAACCCUGGGGUUGCUCUCCAGUCGUCUUGUCUAUAACUUGGUAAACGUCUGACAUAGGUUUCGAUCAUGUUGUUAUUAUCAUCUUCAUACCUUAGCCUAACGGCAGUCAUAUUAGGUGUCGCAUCUCAUCUUGCUAUCUUCAUCAGAGGAGAAUGGCAUAUGCUAGCACCUACCCUCGUUAAAAUAUACUCUGUUCUUGUAUUUAUCAUAUUCUCUACGCUGUCCUAUGUUAGCGCAGAUACCGCUUAUGGUCGUAGGGCAACUGCCUUAGUGGUAGCUUCGUACGCCACCGGACUUUUCACCAGUAUCAUUCUCUAUCGGAAAUAUUUCCACAGGCUGCGCAAUUUUCCUGGUCCCACUGCCGCUGGAAUCACUAAACUCUGGCAUGUGUGGCAGUGUCGAACCGGGAAGAAUUAUCUCGUCAUUGAGAAGCUGCGUGGAAAGUACGGACCCGUGAUUCGGACCGGCCCGGAGGAAUUGACGAUAAUCGACGCUUCUGUUCCUUCGGCCGUUGACGGCCCCAAAAAUAAUUGCACUAAAGCUGUAUGGUAUGACUUUUUGCUUCCCGAGAUUGCCUUGAACACAACUCGGAGCAUUAAAGAUCAUGACAUUCGGCGAGGUAUAUGGAACAAAGGCUUUAGCAAUAAAGCACUUGCUAUCUACGAAGAACGUGUCGUGGAGUACGCAGAGAUGCUCGCAUCACAGAUCGAGAGGCUCGCUCGAGAAGGUACCACAGUUAACGUAUCGGAUUGGUUUUACUGGUUCACCUUCGACGUUAUGGGCGAAUUCGCCUUCGCGCGAUCAUUCGGAAUGCUCCAAGAUGAGAAGUGGCAUUUCGCAGUGCGAUUAUUGAGGAAAGCUAUGGGCUUGCUCGGUCCAUUCAGCCCAGUGCCAUGGAUCGCGCAAAUAGCAUUCUACACCACACCCUGGAUGUUUGUUGUUCGAGACUGGCUAGCUAUGAUGCAAUGGUGUAGGGACCGCAUGAGCGACAGAAUACAGGCAAAAGUAGCGAGGCCCGAUGUAUCGCAUUGGCUCAUAGAUGCAUCUAUUCAGAAGGGUUCCUUGGACGCUGAUCGUGAAUGGCUAAAUGGUGAUGCUGUUACUAUUAUUAUUGCCGGAAGUGAUACUAUUGCGCCGACCCUAGUCUUCGCUUUCUAUGAGCUGGCUCGCAGCUCGUGGCAACAAGACGAAUUACUCUCUGAGCUCAAAGAUAUAAAUAUCUAUGAUCGCGUACAGCUCCAAGGCUGCGCUCAUUUAACUGCUAUUAUAAAUGAGACGCUACGGUUGUAUCCUCCCGUACCUACUGGUGGUUAUCGUCAAUCCCCACCAUCUGGGAUAACCAUCAACGACGUGUACAUUCCUGGAAAUGUUACUAUCGCCUCGCCCCGAUAUUCACUUGCGCGAUUGGAAUCAUCUUAUGAAAGUGCUGACCAAUUCGUACCUGAGCGCUGGACAACACGACCGGAGAUGAUCAAAGAUGCUCGGGGAUUUGCGCCGUUUUCCCAGGGUCGCUUCAAUUGCGUUGGUAAAUCUCUCGCGAUGAGUGAGAUGCGAUUCGUUAUCGCUUUAUUAGUGAAAAGGUUCAAGGUUGAAUUUGCAGGGGGCGAUAGGGGUGAGAAAUUGUUCGCUGACUUGAGAGACCAAUUCACAGCCGCACCAGGUCGGUUAGAUUUACGGUUCCGAGUCCGAGAGUGAAGAUCUUCCAACUAUUUUUUCAUGAAGUCUGGUCAGGCAAUCUGCUUGGUUAUUCGGGAAUAUGUCAUUUAAUGGCUUGUGUU